GUAAAAUUGUUGCUGGUCUGGUGGUGCGUGAUUGAGUUGGUUUCUUUGUAAUAUUUUCUGAUUAUAAUUAAAUUAAAUUACUAUAACUUUGUGUGCCCCAAAAUGGUGUUUACCAAAGAAUAUAGGAUUUGUAUGCCGAUGACAGUGGAGGAGUAUCGUAUUGGUCAACUCUACAUGAUAGCUCGGCAUAGUUUCGAGCAAUCUAGUAAUGGCGAAGGUGUGGAAGUGGUCGCCAAUGAACAAGUAACCGACGAGAUCAAUGGGCAGGGCCAAUACACUGAGAAAAGAAUUCAUCUAUCCAGCCAUCUACCCUAUUGGGUCCAAUCACUGAUUCCCAAAAUAUUUUAUGUGACUGAGAAAGCAUGGAACUACUAUCCAUACACCAUCACAGAAUAUACGUGCUCCUUCAUUCCCAAAUUUGCGAUAUCAAUACAAACAAGAUAUGAAGAUAACAACGGGACUACUGAUAAUUGUCUUGGCUUAACUGAUGAAGAACUGGCACAAAGGGAAGUGGAUUUCCUGGACAUUGCCUAUGAUGAAAUCAAGCCUCACCACUAUAAAGAGGCGGAAGAUCCAAAGUUCUUCAAGUCAGAGAAGACUUCUCGUGGCCCCUUGGUUGAAGGCUGGAGGGACACACACCAGCCCAUCAUGUGCUGCUACAAGGCUGUCAGCGUGAAGUUUGAAGUGUGGGGCCUGCAGACUAAAGUAGAAGAAUAUGUUCAGGGGGCGAUCCGAGAAAUCUUGCUCCUCGGACAUCGUCAAGCCUUUGCUUGGAUGGAUGACUGGUACAACAUGACUAUCGAGGAUGUAAGGGAAUAUGAGCGUGACAUGCAAGCCAAGACAAACAUAAAGCUGAAAUCUACAAUUACUGAAGCAGAAAAGGCCCCUGAGAAUACCGAAGAGAAGAAAUCGGAAUCUAAACCAAAUACUCCGAAAUCACCUAAAAGCCCUGGCUCCACCCCUUCAGGUGAAACUAAGUCAUGGUUCUCAUGGUCAUAAAUUAAACUUACUACACUGUUUGAUGAUCUCAUCUCAUUGCCGUUACAGGGUUUAAGUUUGUGACCAUGUGUUCAUUAAUGCCUUCUAUAGACUCAUAUCAUGUCAUCCAGAAAUGGGCUAUAGGCUAAAACCCUGGUUUUCCUAAAUAAAUAAAUAGUAAAGAGAUGGCUUUCAUAUAGUGGCAAUUUAGUUCCUAUUUUAAUAGCUUAUUAAAUGAAAUCAUAAGGAUUUAUAGUUUAAUUUAUUCAUUGCUAAGUUGCAAUAAAUAAUGCCUACAUUCACUUGUUAAAUAUGUACGUUUUUUAUUAGAAAAUUGAGAUUAAAUGGCUUAGUGUUACUUGCGUAGUUCUUCAGGCGUGGCGAGCUUAUUUACUACAUUAAAAUAAUAUUUUGUCUUACAAAUUGUACAGUAACAGAUGCCUCCAAAGAUAAAUUUUAAGUAGAAUGGGAAUGAGGUCUUGUAGAAAUUUAAUGUAUGUGAUAGGAAUAUUUUAUGUGGAAACAUGGUGAAAUGUGUUAGCACUUAGUUGAAAAUUUGUUGUAUAGAUGUAUUAAUAUGUUUUGUUUGUGUUGUAAUUGGGACAAAAUAUAUCAAUAUGUAAGUGUUAUCUUGACUUCUUGAUGGCCUUUAUAUCAAAUUUAUAUACUACAUUGUAUUGUUAAGAGUUAGUAGUGGACUAGGUACUUUAAAGUAUUCAAUAAAUUUCUUACUCGAAAUAUAAACUACUUAUGUCUAUGUAUAAUUGAAGUAUACAGGACAAACUAUAUACUUAUAAUGUGACUCUGACCAAAAGUAUAUUAUAAGGUGAUACUCAAUUCUAUCUAUUGAAUGUUUAUUUAAAUAAAAUUAAACCAUUGUGUAGUUCAAUGAUAAACAAAGUAAAAAUAUUCUCAAACCGUGUUCAACCUAUAGGUGUAUUUUUGAGUACAAAAUAAGCAUAAAUGUUAAUGUACUAGUCAAUUGACGUGUAUCUUUGUUCGAAGGCUCUACCAAAUUACUUCAAAUAAAAAAAAUCUUAAGCAUCUCUGAAUAUGUAAAAGUAUAUGUAUACUUGCCAGAAUAAUGUAUGCAUGAAAACGUAGUUUCAGAUGAUUGUGUAUGUACUCUAUAAUAUUGAAUCUGAAAUGUUACAUAAUUACUACUACUUAUAAAUGUACAUAAUGUACAGACAUACCGAGGUAUAAAAUAUAUGUAUACAUACUUAAAUAACUUAUCGGGUGUGUAAAACUGUAAGUUUUGGUUUUCAUGCUAGACUUAAUUUUAGAUAAGAAAAAGAUUAACUCUGAUUUGGGCCCAUACUAUCUAUGAUACAUAAGUAUAGAAUUUUCUUAUCGGUGCCAUUUUAUUUGAUAUUUCCGGUAUUGAAAUGUGAGUAAUGGGUGCAAAGCAUAGUAAUAUGUUGGUGUGAGUAUUUAAAAUUUAAGAAAUUCAUCUUAAACAAAAUAAAGUUAAGUUGGCGUGGGGGUUGUAUAUCCGAACCUUACUUGACCUUUACAUGUGCUGGAGCUAAACAUAUUUCUACAUAUAUGUGCGUCAUUUGUUCUAGAUUUUUUUUUUAGGUAAACUAGGUAGAUAAAUAUUUUUCCAAUGAACAAGUUAUGUUUAUGUAUUUUUUCGUCAUUCCACUUUAUAUUCGACGGCUGUUGUGAUUGUUUACAUUAGUAAAUAGUAAUAUACCGGACGCGUACAUAAUAUUUUCCGCAAUGCAUUAGAUUAUAUUGCUAUGUUUUCAAACGUAGAUAUUUUCGUUAAAGGUGUUGCAAUGUUAUUUAAGCUUCCAUGGUUGUAAUGAAUAACAUCGUUGUGAAAAUAAAGAAUUUAAUGAAA